AUGGCUCCUAUUGAGACCGAAGGCAAAGCAGAGCAGGUUCAGACCAGGAAACGCCGUCGGUUGGCGUGGGACGUUGCUCCUUCCGAACAAGCUCAGGCAGAAGAGGAACAAUUUAAGCGGAAACGCUCGGAGUUGGCUCGGCAUGUUUCUCCCCCGAAAAGAGACGACGAUAGAGAGGGGCAUUACGUGUUCAAUCUCGGGGAGAACUUAACCUCAAGAUAUAAAAUACUCAGCAAGAUGGGUGAAGGCACAUUUGGCCGCGUUUUGGAGUGUUGGGACCGUGAAAGACGUGAAUGCGUGGCUAUCAAGGUGAUUCGGAGCAUACCCAAAUACCGUGAAGCAGCAAUGGUUGAGGUUGAUGUACUUCAGCGUCUUGCUAUCAAUGAGAAAGGGGAUUCCCACUGUGUAAAGAUGCAGAGUUGGUUUGACUAUCGUAACCAUAUAUGCAUUGUGUUUGAGAAGCUUGGACCAAGUUUAUAUGGUUUUCUAAAGAGAAAUAAAUACUGCCCAUUUCCUCUGGAUCUUGUUCGGGAAUUUGCACGCCAGCUUUUGGAAUCUGUAGCAUAUAUGCAUGAUUUAGGAUUAAUUCACACUGAUUUGAAGCCAGAAAAUAUACUUCUCGUGGGUUCUGAGUUUAUAAAGCUCCCAGGUCGCGAGAGAUCAGAUGAACACAACUUCAGGUGCUUGCCGAAGUCGAGUGCGAUUAAGCUGAUUGAUUUUGGUAGCUCUGUUUAUGGAAAUCAGAACCAUUACUCUGUUGUCACCACAAGGCAUUACAGAGCACCCGAGGUUAUACUAGGUCUUGGAUGGAGUUACCCUUGCGACAUGUGGAGUGUUGGCUGCAUACUUGUUGAACUUUGCACGGGAAAAGCUUUGUUUCAGACUCAUGAGAACUUGGAGCAUUUGGCAAUGAUGGAGAGAGUACUAGGACGUCUGCCGGAGCAUAUGACCCAGAAAGCAACUCGCGGAGCAGAAAAGUUUUUUAAAGGAUCACGGUUGAACUGGCCUGAAGGGGCUGUUUCAAGAGAGAGUAUCCAAGCAGUUCUAAAGUUGGACAGGCUGAAGUAUCUUAUAUCAAGACAUGGCGUGUCCUCAAAACACCAUCUUGUUGACUUGUUGCAUGGUGUAUUGAAGUAUGAUCCAUCCAUGCGCCUCACUGCCCGACAAGCUCUUGAUCAUCCAUUUUUCAAGGAUGCUGUGGCAACUGGGAUCUUGUCAAAAAGAUGGGAGCUUCCCUGGACUAGUGUCCCCUGCCUCGAUUUCGAUGACAAUGGCUUGCACUUCAAGAAAUCAGGAAUGAGAUUCAUGAAUUUCGUUAGGAAGGCAAUCACUCGAAAUGUCCUAGUGCUGGAACUCUAUACCCCUGGUUUGUCAUUUCAUUUGCCUCGAACCACUUUUACUUGCAAAACUCUUGUGGUUCUCAAGCUGUGUGACAAUCAGGUUGCUAUAUCUGUUCCGAAAGGAGCCUGCACGCCAAAUCUGAAAAUACUUGAACUCAAUUCCGUGAGUUAUGAAGAUGAUGAAUCAGCUAGUAACCUAAUUUCUGCCAGUUUGGUUCUUGAAAACUUGUCGAUUCGCAGAAUUUUGUUCGACAAUGUUUGGAAGAUGCGCAUACAUGCUGCAGCCCUGAAAUAUCUCAAAAUAGAAAUAAAUGCCCCUGUCCUGGAAAAUGUCCAUUGUUGUGCUAAACCAAAAACUAUAACCCCCAUGCAGCAAUCAUGUUUUCCACCUGCGGUGAACUUUUGGCUAGUUCGCUUAACGAUGGGAAUUAGAAGUUUUUGGCGCUCCAUGCUUCCUUGCUUUCUUCAAUGCUUCAACUACCUCGCAAUUUUGGAUUUGAUUGAGGUUCCGACGAAGGUCACCAAGUUUAUACCACUCGGGAAAGGUGCAAAAUCCCGUGAUUUUGAGAGGAAAUUAUUUGAAUAUGAGCGCAACCGUCAUAAGCUUGAAGUCAAGUUUUGCGUUGCACGAGAGAUCAUGGAUUUCCAGAGAGGGUCGAAGGCUUGCGAACUUAAAUUUGUUUGA